GACGGGCCAGGCCGGGCCGGGGGGGGGGGGAGUACUAGUGUAGAGUCGAAUCGCAGUCGAGUCGCGAGUUUUUAGUCGCCCACCCGCCACCGACGCACACGGACACGUUUUCUUCUUCUCUCGGCUCUUCCCAACAACAACAGUUUCAACAACUUCUUCUUCUGCAUUUGUAUUUGCUCGCCCGCGUUACUACACCCAACACUUUCUGGUUGUCGUCCCGGCUCCAAAGUGUCGAGUCAUUAGAAAAAAACAAAAAGAAAAAAGAAGAAUUUGCGGGCUCGUCAUGUUUUCACUUCGGUGACCGUCAGCGUGAGCGUGAACGUGAACGUGACUUUUUGGGGCUUUCAUUCCCCACCACCAGCCGACCGACAACCGACGAAUCAAAAAGUGUUGCCGUGUGUGGCGUGUGUGGUGUGUUAAAGUGUUGGUGGUGUUGUUGGUGUAUUGUUUUGUUUUGUUUUCUUCCCAAAUUCCCCAAAUGGCGGCGACAAUCAACCGAAUCACGUGAUUUCCCUCACUGGGUCCCCCCCAACCCCACCCCUCUUUACCCAAGUCGAAAAAUCGUCCGACUGUCGUCGUCGUCGUCGUGUUAUCUCGACGGCCUCUACUCUCGGCUGCUGCUGAUAGGGAAACCAACUUUAUCCUCUUGUCUCUCUACUUUGGCCGUUUUGUCUCUUUUUUCUUUCCCGUUUUUUUUUCAUUUCGAUUCUCUGCUCGCCGCCGACGGACACGACACGCGACGCGUGAGAAAAGAAACAAAGAAAAUUGUGUCGUCUUUUUCGGUUCGGUUCGGCCACCGUUUAGUGUCUGUCGUCUGUUGGCCAUCCGUUACGCCUUCAACCCAAUUUGAUCCCUUCGUCAUCUUAUAGAAAAAAAGAACUGACUAAAGAUGGAGAUGCUCAAUUCAUUGAAUAUUUUAGCCGGAAAGAUCUCACCGCAGAAUCACGACGGAGAGACGACUACAUCCGCAAACAGUUCCGCCGAUCACUCACCAUCAUCCGCAAGGAUGAACGGGCGUGUAGCCGAUCAGCCGGAUCCCGACGCCAUCAAAAUGUUUGUGGGCCAAAUUCCGCGCUCGAUGGACGAAAAUGAUUUGCGCAAAAUGUUUGAAGAUUACGGACAAGUUCAUCAGGUCAACGUCCUCCGCGACAAAAUCUCCGGCCAGAGCAAAGGUUGCUGUUUCGUCACGUUCUACAAGCGCAAAGACGCCCUGCAGGCACAAAAUGACAUGCACAACAUCAAAACGUUGAGUGGGAUGCACCAUCCGAUCCAGAUGAAGCCGGCCGACAGCGAGAAUCGCAACGAGCGCAAACUGUUUGUGGGAAUGUUGUCGAAGAAAAUCAGCGAGAACGACGUGCGGAUCAUGUUCAGCGCUUACGGAUCCAUCGAGGAGUGCACCGUCCUCCGCGACAACAACAACAUCAGCCGAGGAUGUGCUUUUGUGACGUUCACGUCGCGUCAGUCCGCCGUCACUGCCAUCAAGACCGUGCAUCACUCACAAACGAUGGAGGGAUGCUCGUCGCCGAUGGUCGUCAAGUUUGCCGACACUCAGAAGGAAAAGGACCAGAAACGGGUCCACCACGUGGGUAGCUCCACCAAUCUCUGGGGUGGAAUCGGCAUCAACAAUUUACCUCCGCAAUACCUGACGGGACUGCCGUCGAACGGAGGCGCAAGUCUGUCGCAGUUGAGCGGACUCAACGCGCUGGGCGUCCAGCAACUGUUGGCAGCCUCGUCGCAAAAUUCGCUGGCCAACACUCAAGCCGCUCUACAAAGUCUGGCCAACUUACAGAGUCAGGCCGGACUGGGAAUGAGCGGAAAUGGAAGUCCAGGCUCGGCAGUCAACGACCUCAAUUCAAGUCUGGCCGCCCUGGCCAAUUUCAACAGUCAAAACAUUUUCGGAUCAUUAGAUAUCAACGCGAUGAACAUGCAGAACCUGGCCGCCUUGGCCGCCAUCGCCAGCAACGGAAAUGGAAUCCAAUCGCUCGGUUCAGGAGGAUCGGCCAGCAAUUCGCUGGGCCAUCAACUGGUGGCCGCUGGCCCCACUGCGACAGCUGCCGCCACACAACCGUCCCAUUCCAACAGCCAACAACAGCAGCAGCACCACCAACACCACCAGAGUUUAGUCAACAAUCGCGGGACAGCUGGAACAGCAGCAGCCACGGCGACGUCGGCCGGAAUCAACGGAUUGGGGACGUCGGCAGCCGCUGCGGCCGCCGCCGCCGCCAAUCUCGAAGCCCUGGCCAACGCCUACACGGCCGGCAUCCAGCAGUUCACUACAGCUUUUCCCAAUUUCACUAGCGGCCAGGUGGGGAUGAAUGGCGCCAACGGCGGGAGUGUCAGUCCCCUGGGUGGCAGCGGCAGCGUGACGGGUAGCGGAUUGCGCCAGCAGGAAGGGCCGGAAGGAUCCAACCUGUUCAUCUACCACCUGCCACAAGAGUUUGGCGACACGGACCUCUGUCAAGCCUUUUCGCCCUUCGGCAACAUCCUAUCAGCCAAAGUCUUUAUCGACAAGCAGACCAAUUUGUCAAAGUGUUUCGGUUUCGUGUCGUACGACAACCCGAUGAGCUCCCAGGCGGCCAUCCAAGCCAUGAACGGCUUUCAGAUCGGCACCAAACGGCUCAAAGUCCAGCUGAAACGUUCCAAAGACGCCUCGAAACCUUAUUAAAAAAGAAACAGAAAAAACUAAACUCCCGGGGGGAGAAAUAAAUAUUUUGAAAUUCAAAAAAAAAAAGAAGAAAAAAACUUAAAAAAAAAAAAAAUUUUUGUUGAUGUCACUGAACGCAACAAGCCACCGCCCCAUUACAAAAAAAGAAAGAAACGUACAAUUUUCAAAUGACUGGACAAACACGCCUUGCCCCUUCCCCCUUUCUUGGUAGUUUCCUUGUGUCCGUGUGUCCGUGUGUGCACCACAACCAACCAACCAACCAACCACAAAUUAAAAAAAAAAAAAAAAAACAAUUUCAAACCUCCUCUCGUUUUCACGUUGUUUGUCAAACCUUUUUUUCUUUCUUUCUUUCAUUCAUUGUGUAUCUGGUACACUCCCCGCGUGUCUCGUACGUGUCUUUUUCUCGUCCCCCAUAUAGACACAACAAUUGUUUGGCGUCUCUGUCGUCGGAGAAGCGGACGAAUAUUUCAUCCGCUUCUUUUCUUUUAUUUGUUUCUUUUUCAUUUACACGUGUCUUGUUCUUCUUUGAUUGUUAUGUUGAAUCAUAGUAUAUACCAAAUUAUUGUAGAGAGAUUACAAAAGAAAGCUAUUUCAUGUUUGCCUCCCUUUCAAAAAGAAAAGAAGAACAGCUAGGCCAGAUGCCAAAAUGUCGUUUGUUUGUUUCUUCAUUUUUAUUUUUAGUUUUUCCAUUUUUUGGAUUAUGUUUGAUUAUGUUCCGUGUCCCAUUUGUUUGUGUGUCUCUUUAUUGUUUUAGUUUUUCGAUGUUGAUUCGACAUGGAUGUAGUGAUCAGCUAGUCUCACACACACACCCCACACACACACACACACACGUAUAGGUUAUAUAUAUAUAUUAAUUUCCUAAUUUUUAAAAGUGACAUCAAUUGAUUUAAUUCGAAAAUACGAACGUGUAUACCUCCCCCAUCACCCACCAUCGACUCUUCAUUUCUGUUCGAACCGUUCGACAACAACAACAACAACACGCAAGACGUUGGAACAAGGUGUGGCGCCGUGACACCUUCAUGUGCCUUUUUGUUUGUUUUUUCCUUUUUGAUCGAAAUUUCCUCGGCAGUGACGCACAGACGCACGCCCUAGUCAUGCAACAAGAACACACACACGUCCGACGGCCAAUUUACCACAAGUAUCAAAUUAUCCCAAAUGUCAGUGUGACGUGCAGAUUUUUCGCAAGGACCGGCAAACAUUUUUGGCAACCAGGUGGACGUUUUCCCCCCAAAAAGGACUUAACAAGCACCUAAACAAAAACUUAUACUAUAUAUAAUUGUGUUUUUCUUCUUUCUUGAAAACAAAAAUGUCCGAUUGUCUUUUGUUCAAGUUCCAAGUGAAAAUUUUUGUUGUGUUGCAAAAAGUGAUGUGACGGAGUUGUUUGCUGUUGUUGUUGUUGUUGUCUGGUGGGCACGUGAGAUCUCGUCGUUUCAUAUUUUUCUUCACACCCCAUUUCCCCCCGUUUACCUUCGUUUGAGAAAAAAAAACAUCUACGGUUGGCGAUUUAGAAGCGUCAGACAUUUUUCGAUACUUAAAGAAAAACUAAAACAAUUAUGUUGCAAGUUGGACGCCAGCAAGAGAAAUUCGCCCGUCUCUAUUUUUUGAAAGAAACACACACACAAACUCGUGACCUAAUGAGCACUUGUUGAUGGUAGUCAUGUUUGUAGUAUUCAUUUUUCAGUUCUAAUUAGACAAGUUCCUGCGAGAGAGAGAAGAAGAAGAGAAAUUUGAAUUUCGGGUGGGAUCGACGAUGCCAAAUUUUAUUUUUGUUUUAUUUGUACGACUUUUUUUUUUCAUUUUUUCACGUUUGCACCGCAAAUUUAGAUAAAAAUUUGAUGUUACAAAUUGCGAUUUUUUUUUUUGAAAUAUUUGGUGGAAUACUUUAAACGUGUUUCAGCAUGUCGCAGAGCGAUUUCAUUUGCCCGUUUUUUAUGAUGAUUUCCCCCCUCCCGAAUGAUGGCAGCCAAGUGAAACAGUUAAUACAAUAUUUUAAAUUAG